GUGGUGGUGGUGGAUGAGGAGGUGGUGCUACCCAUUCGCGUCGACCCAAAACAACACAAACCCGCGAAAGUCCUUUCGCUCUGCCGCCAUCCGUCUUCCUCCUCCUCCUCCUUCCAUCCCCAGUUCAUCCUCUCAUCCUACCUUCAUCUCGCCCUUAUUACCUCCACCUUCCUGCUCCCUCCCCCACCACUCCUCUCCACUGCACGCCGUUAUACGCCCUUAAUCAUACCCCACUUCCACCCCUCAUACCCCUCCGAAAAGCCACUCAACAAAUACAUUCAUCAAGUCGCAAGCAUGUCCGUCGUUUCUCUGCUCGGUGUUCAGGUCAUCAGCAACCCCGCCAAGUUCCUGGACAAGUACCAGCUCGAGAUCACCUUUGAGUGUCUCGAGAGCCUGAGCAAAGAUCUUGAGUGGAAGCUCACCUACGUCGGUUCUGCCAACAGCUCCGACUACGACCAGGAAUUGGGCGAACUGCUUGUUGGCCCCAUCCCGGUUGGAGUGAACAAGUUCAUCUUCGAGGCCGAGCCGCCGACCGUCUCCAAGCUCCCGACCACCGAGAUCUUGGGUGUCACCGUCGUCUUGCUCACCGGUUCAUACGAUGGCCGUGAGUUUGUCCGCGUUGGCUACUAUGUCAGCAACGAAUACGACACCCCCGAACUCCAGAACGAGCCGCCCAGCAAGCCCAUCUUCGACAGGAUUGUCCGCAACAUGUUGACCGAGAAGCCUAGAGUCACUAGGUUCGCCAUCAAGUGGGAUUCUGAAGACUCUGCGCCCGCCGAGUUCCCUCCGGAGCAGCCUGAGGCCGAUGAGGCCCCCGACGAUGCGGACCAGUACGGAGCCGAUGAGGCCGCGUACGAGGAAGCCAUCGAGCAGGGCGACAAUGUCGAGGUUGAGGUCACUGAGGACGUCGAGAUGGAUGUAGACAUGGGCGGCGCUCCUGCUGUCCCCGCUGACAAGAUCGACGAGGGCGCCGAAUCGGAGGAUCUCGAGGCUGAGUCCAGCGGCGAGUCUGACGAGGAGGACGAGGCCGAAGGUGACGACGACGCUGAGAUGGGCGAUGGCGACGCCGAGAUGGGCGAUGCAUCUGGUUCGGCCAGUGCCCCCCAACAUCCCCCCGCUCACGCUUAAGCCGUGCGCUCCACUAAGCAGUUGCCGUUUUGGAAGGAUUGUUGAGAAUUUUUGAUUCCUGCUUGUUCUUUCGACUCCAGUUAUUGCCUUUUUAGAGACAUGUUGCGGUAUACGGUAUACGAUAGCGAAGGGAUCAUGGUUUAAUGAGCGAUGAAGACCAACAACGGAAGAGUUGAUAACUUGACUUUUUCUUUAGUU